UUCGCGAUUUUCCUUGCUAUCCAUAAAAACCGAGCCAGCGUCUGAUUAUGUCAUUUGUAUCUUGCUUGACUCAGUUUUCACUUUUGACGAAAGAUUUCUCCGUUUACUCACCAUCGUUUUACGAUCUUUUGUCAGCGGAAUUAUUCUCCAAUGCGCACGGUGUUUUGCAUCGUAAACGCGCCUCGUUAAGCGUGUCCCGCUGUGAGCAGCGGGUUUCAUGGUGUGUCUUCUGAACAUGAACUGGUUUUUCCAAUUUUCUCAUUCUCCUGGCAUUGUCGUCGCUCCUCGUUGCCAUUGCUGAUUUCCCCCAUGAUCUGGCUGCUUUUUCGUAUGAUCUGAAGCAUAGUCGUCUUUCCCCCCGUGUUCCUAAUGCAAGAUGAAGUUUGGCCAACAUCUGACGGCGCAUGUGACGCCCGAAUGGCGGACACAGUAUAUCAACUACGACGAUAUGAAGGAGCUUCUGGAAAAGGUGCCGCAGCAUGCGCCCGCGCAGCUUGGUGGCACCGGAAGCGAAGAAGAACGCCAGCAGAAAUCCACGGAUCUGCUGCAUUUUGUCGUGCAGUUUGAGGAGAAUUUCUUCACGUAUUGUGAUCGGGAAUUGACCAAAGUCAACACAUUCUUCGCCGAGAAAUUAGCGGAAGCGCAGCGGAAGUUUGCGGCGCUGAGGAGCGAGUUGAAGGCGCAUAAAUCGCGGCCGGAACACGCGGAUGACCGUGUGCACAAGAUGCCCUGGCUGGCCGAUCUGGUGGAUAAGGACGUGCGCAAGGCCAAACGCCGCUACCGCAAGAUCCACGAUCUCAAGAUGGCCUUCUCCGAGUUCUACCUCAGCCUGAUCCUCCUGCAGAACUUCCAGAACCUCAACUUCACCGGCUUCCGCAAGAUACUCAAAAAGCACGACAAGAUUUUAAACACCCACAGUGGAACGCUUUGGCGGCAGGAGAAAGUGGAGACCGCGCCUUUCCACACCAGCAAGGAGAUUGAAAAAUUAAUUCUGGAUACGGAAAAUCUGUACGUCAGCGAUCUGGAGGGCGGCAACCGGGGCAAAGCCAUGCAGCGUCUGCGGGUGCCUCCGCUGAAUGAGCCGGCUCCUCCUUCCGUGUUUUUCCUCAUGGGACUGUUCCUCGGUAUUUUUCUGGUCUUACUGGUGGUGCUCAUUCUAACCGGUAUUUUUAUCGGUUUCCCGAAUAAUGAAUGGAAGAUAGUGACGGCCAACGGGACGGUGAACGGCACCCAGAUGGACCUGAUUGCCGAGAAGAAGGAGAUUGUCGACUGGCGCAUCGUCACGCGGCUGUACCGCGGCCCCUUCCUGCUGAUUAUCAUGUUGUUCCUCUUCGCCUUCAACGUGCACGGCUGGCGCGCAGCCGGCGUUAAUCAUGUGCUCAUCUUCGAGCUGGAUCCGCGUAAUCACCUGUCACAGCAUCACAUCAUGGAGUUGGCAGCGUGUAUGGGCGUGCUGUGGUGCAUCAGUCUGCUGCUGUUCUUCUACAGCGAUUUCCUGGGUAUCUCACAUUAUGCCCUUCCGCUCAUCUUCUCCGGCCUGAUGCUCAUUUUCUUCAUCAAUCCUUUUCACGUUCUAUGUUACGAUGCGCGGAAAUGGGUGAUCAAGAUCAUGUUCCGCGUGAUCACGGCGCCGCUGCAUCCCGUGGGCUUCGCCGAUUUCUGGCUGGGCGACCAGUUCACCAGUCUGACGCCGGCCUUCCUCGACAUCGAAUACUCAGUUUGUUUCUACAUCUUCGAAGUGCCCUGGGUCACCAAGGGAAUUCCGCAUCCCUCCAAGAUGUGCACGUCGAACAGUAACGCCAUCCGGCCGAUUCUGGCCGCGCUGCCGGCGUGGUUCCGUUUCGCGCAGUGUCUGCGGCGUUACCGGGACUCCAAGCUGGCCUUCCCCCAUUUGGUCAACGCGGGCAAGUACAGCAUGCUCUUCUUCGUCGUCCUCUUCUCCGCCCUCAACUCCAUGCAUGUCGAGCGUUACGCGGAGGAUUUCAUCGGGGAACGCCCGGUGUUCUACAUGUGGGUGAUUACGGCGGUGGUCAGUUCGUGCUACUCCUUUGCCUGGGACAUCCGCAUGGAUUGGGGCUUUCUAGACCCGAACGCCAAGGAGCACCUCUUCCUACGCGACGGCCUCAUCUAUCCGCAGCUGUGGUACUAUUAUCUGGCCAUCGUCCAGGAUUUUAUCCUGCGUUUCGCCUGGACCAUCUCCAUCUCCGUCGAUGAACUGGGCCUCAUCCAUCACGAACUGCUGCUGGCGUUUUUGGCCACGCUGGAACUAUUUCGGCGGUUUGUGUGGAAUUUCUUCCGUCUGGAGAACGAGCAUCUGAACAACUGCGGGGAAUUUCGCGCGGUGCGCGAUUUGGGCGUGUCGGCGAUGGCGGCCGGCCGACCCAUCCAGAAAGACAGCGGCGUCCUCGUUCGCAUGCUGGAACGCGAGGACAGCGAGGCGGUGCGCGGGAAGGCGAAAUUCCACAGUAUCUGGAAGGAGGACCAGGAUCAAGCCCGUCUCGAUCAGGAGACCGGUGUCAGCCGGCCGAACGUCAACGCCGAACUCUUCCCCAUCAGUAUGCCCGAUCCCAUCUACGAUCCGGAGGAGGACGAGGACAAGGGAGACGAACGCAACGGGACGCCGGCGCUGCCCUUCGAGCAGCCCACCCGGUCCAAUUCCGACGUACUGGUGCAGUUGGAAGCGUGAAAUUUAUUGUUUUGAUGAUGCGGACUAUCGAAGGAAUCCCUUGCCAGUUUUUGACGAAUUAUCUGCGGAUUUUUUUGCCAUUUUUCUGAUGAAAUAUCCGUGGAUUAAUGUACCAUUAUUUGAAGAAAUACAGUAUCUGCUGAAUAUUUGGGCAUUUUGCGAGAACAAAAUUCUGCGGAUUAUUUUGCCAUUUUUCGACGAAUUAUCUGCGGAUUAUUGUGCCAUUUUCUGACGAAAUUUCCGUGUGUUAUUUUGCCAUUUUCCUGAUGAUUUGUGUUUCAAUAUGAGGACAGUCGAAUGCGGAAAUGGACGUCAUUUUCCCCUGCAAUCUCUCGGUCGGCAGCGAUGUCCGGUGAUUUUUUUAGCGGCAGCGCGUGGCCUGCGAAUUUUGCGAUGAUAAUGCUGUUUUUCUUUGAUUUUUCUUGUGUCGCUGUACUCAACCGCUUCAAAGCCUUGUGGACGUUUUUUUCGGUUGAUUUUACGUUUACCCUUUAACUGUGCUGGUUUUUACGUUGCGUCGUUAUUUUUUUCUUUGAUUUGAUGAGUAGUAUUCUUUCCCCGCGCGGCUGUUUAGCUUUUAUCCGGAAAUUACGCUGAGCAAUGCAGAUUCAGAUCGCUGUGACUGAAUGGUUUUCAUAAUUUUUAUAUCUUUCAUUUCGCGGUUAUUGCGGCUCGUUUGCUGAUGAAAUGAUUAAUGUUGAAUGUGUUGAAACAAAUAAUAAAUUGGAA